UAUAUAUAUAUAUAUAUAUAUAUAUAUAUAUAUAUACUCGUACUCACUCACACAUAUAUGUGUACUUUUCACUUCAAGAAUCUCUAAUUUCAUUUCUUCUCUUUGUUUCCUCAAGAACAUGAUUAAGUCUAAUCAAGCUCUUUUAAGAAGAGACUGUUCGGUUUUCAACAACUCAAUUCAUGUUUCUUUUGGGAUAUUCAAGAUCUUUCUGUGUAUACCUAUGUAAGAAAGAUCCAGCUUAUGUUAGUGUAAAUAUGUGCAUGCAUGUUGAACUAGGGUUUUUUUUUAGAUCUAAGAACAAAUUCAUUAUACCUAUAUUUUGGAUUCUUUCAUGGUGACAACCCAUUCGUUGGUCAUGAUUUAUUUUCCGUUACUUUGACUUAAUUUGUGUUAUUAAUUAAAUGAAAAUGAUUAGGGCAAAGAAGAAAAAAGAAAGUAUAUUUGAUUUGCUUAAAGAAGAGUACAUAUAAUGGAGAUAGGCUCAUCUUCCACGGUAGCUGGAGGAGGACAGCUUUCGGUUCCUCCAGGUUUCCGGUUUCAUCCAACGGAAGAGGAGCUUCUAUAUUAUUACCUCAAGAAGAAGGUUUCUUAUGAGCCAAUUGAUUUGGAUGUUAUUCGAGAAGUUGAUCUCAACAAGCUUGAACCUUGGGACCUUAAAGAGAAAAGUAGAAUUGGGUCGGGUCCUCAAAACGAGUGGUACUUCUUUAGCCACAAGGACAAGAAAUAUCCGACUGGGACCCGAACGAACCGGGCCACUGCAGCCGGAUUCUGGAAGGCUACUGGUAGAGACAAAUCAAUACAUCUAAACAGCUCCAAGAAGAUUGGACUUCGUAAGACUCUUGUCUUCUAUACUGGUCGUGCUCCUCAUGGGCAUAAAACCGAAUGGAUCAUGCAGGAAUAUCGUCUAGACGAUAACGAAAAUGAGAUCCAGGAAGAUGGGUGGGUUGUAUGCAGAGUGUUCAAGAAGAAGAACCAUUUCAGAGGAUUUCACCAAGAACAAGAUCAAGAUCAGAAUCAUCAUCACCAAUACAUAAGCACCGACAAUGAUCAUGAUCAACAUCAUCCUCAUCAGCAUCGCACUGAAUCCAAAUCAAACAAUCAUUCUUCUUUCGUCCCACAUACUCUGAAUCAUCAUCACAUGGGAAGACAGAUCCACAGGCCAGUACAUGAGUUUGCAAACACUUUAAGCCACGGGUCAAUGCAUCUCCCUCAGCUCUUUAGCCCUGACUCGUCCCAGCCGUUUGUGUCGUCAAUCAACACAACAGAUAUUGAAUGCUCACAGAAUCUACUGAGGCUGACUUCUAACAACAACUAUGGUGGAGACUGGUCGUUUCUGGACAAGCUUCUCACUACGACCAACAUGAAUCAGCAAGUUCAGAACCAUCAAGCAAAAUGCUUUGGUGACUCGAGUAACAACGGUAAUAACGACCAUGCUGUUACUUCAUCCUCUCCAGAUAAUCAAAGGUUCCCGUUUCACUAUCUAGGAAACGAUGCUAAUCUUCUCAAGUUCCCAAAGUAGUCCAAUCAAAUUUGGUUUUGAUUUGAUCAGUCUCAUGCUUUUCAACUUUACUCUCUUCUUUAAGCUGUGGAACUUGUCAUGUUUCUGUUGCUGAACGAUGUUAUUUUAUAAUGCUAUGUUGUUUGCUGAA